AUGGAAGCCCUCGCGGACGCGCUCCCGACGAUCGAAGCCGAGAAGGAGCUCCCGGUCACGGUCGCGCUCAUGAUGCGCCCGCUCGUCGGCCCCGAGCUCGUGGACGGAUGCCGCGAGUGCGUCUUCCCGAACCCGGAGGAGAAUUCCGUGACGCUCGUGAGCGAGCACAAGUUCACGUACGACCACGUGUUUCACGGCCCCGGACCGACGGAGAAGGCGCUGUACGAGCAGUGCGUGGAGCCGCUCGUGCGCGGGCUCGUUUGCGGGUACAACGCGACGGUUCUCGCGUACGGACAGACGGGCUCGGGGAAGACGCACUGCAUGGGCACGUCGCACGAGCCGGGCGGGGCGACCGAGGGCGUCAUCCCGCGCGUGAUGCAGACGCUGUUCAGGACGAUCGCGGACGAGCCGCCGGAGGUGAGCGUGAAGUUGAAGGUUGGGUUCAUCGAGAUUCACAAGGAGGACAUCCGGGAUCUGCUCGUGACGGAUCUCAAGAACGCGGAGGCGGUGUCGCUUCGCGAAAACGUCGGACGCGGACAAAACGGCGGCGUCAGCCUCGUCGGCGCGAAAGAGGUCGAGGUGUCCACCGCCGCGGAGAUGGCCGCGGCGUUAGCGAGCGGCAGCGCCGCGAGGGCGACGGCCGCGACGGGGAUGAACCACCGGUCGUCCAGGUCGCACGCGAUAUUUACGAUUCACGUCGAACGAAGAGGCCGAGACCCCGCGGACGUCACGAGAGCGAAGAUGCACCUCGUCGACCUCGCCGGGAGCGAACGCGCGAAGCGGACGAAAGCGGAAGGGCAGCGCCUGAAGGAGGGCAUCCAGAUCAACAAAGGUCUGCUCGCACUCGGGAACGUGAUCAGCGCGCUCGGGGACGACAAGCGACGCCACGCGGGCGGGCACGUCCCGUACCGCGACUCGAAGCUGACGCGUCUGUUGCAGGACUCCCUCGGGGGGAACUCGCGGACGGUCAUGGUGGCGUGCAUCUCCCCCGCGGACGCCAACCUGGACGAGACGAUGAGCACGCUCAAGUACGCGAACCGAGCGCGGAACAUC